UGCUUCCCCUUGGCCCAAUGGAAAGCCACACGGCUGCGGUCCUUCUUCCACGGGAGCCGAGUUAGGCCAAACCCGGCUGCCGCCCGCCUGCACUUUGGGUUUUCGCCCGGGCGGCGGCCGCUGCUUGUCUUGGCCUUUGUCCCUCUCAGGCUUCCCUUUUUCCCUGUUCCUGUCCGAAGCUCGGCGGGCCCUCCGGCCGCCGCCGCCGCCGCCGCCGCCAGCCCCUCGCCGUGUGCCUCUUCCAGUGACUUCUCCCUGGCCUCGUGGUGCCUUCCGGCGGCGCCAUCCCCCCUCGCGGGGGCUGUGGCUCAGCCGGAGGAAGAGGAGGAGGAGGAGGAGGGAGAUUAGCCCCGCUGCCGCCACCGGACUUUUCUCCCGCGCGCCCCCCCCUCCCGUCAUUCCCCCUUCCCGAACACCAUAGGCGGCUCAGGCACCAAGAUGUCCAACCGAGUGCUCUGCCGGGAGGCCAGUCACGCCGGCAGCUGGUACACGGCCUCAGGACCUCAGCUGAGUGCACAGCUAGAAGGUUGGCUUUCUCAAGUACAGUCUACAAAAAGACCUGCUAGAGCCAUCAUUGCACCACAUGCAGGCUAUACUUACUGUGGGUCUUGCGCAGCUCACGCUUACAAACAAGUGGAUCCUUCAAUCACACGACGAAUCUUCAUUCUCGGGCCUUCCCAUCAUGUGCCCCUCUCUCGAUGUGCACUUUCCAGUGUGGAUAUAUAUAGAACUCCUCUAUAUGAUUUGAGAAUUGAUCAAAAAGUUUAUGCAGAACUGUGGAAGACUGGAAUGUUUGAACGCAUGUCACUGCAAACGGACGAAGAUGAACACAGUAUUGAAAUGCAUUUGCCUUACACUGCUAAAGCCAUGGAAAGCCAUAAGGAUGAGUUUACCAUUGUUCCUGUAUUGGUUGGAGCACUGAGUGAAACAAAAGAACAGGAAUUUGGAAAACUCUUCAGCAAAUAUUUAGCAGAUCCUUGUAAUCUCUUUGUGGUUUCAUCUGACUUCUGUCACUGGGGGCAGCGGUUCAGAUACAGUUACUAUGAUGAAUCUCAAGGAGAGAUCUAUAGGUCUAUUGAACACCUAGAUAAAAUGGGUAUGAGCAUUAUAGAGCAGCUUGACCCUGUGUCCUUUAGCAAUUACUUGAAGAAAUACCAUAAUACAAUAUGUGGAAGACAUCCAAUUGGUGUUUUACUAAAUGCUAUCACAGAGCUCCAGAAGAAUGGAAUGAACAUGAGCUUCUCAUUUUUGAAUUAUGCUCAAUCAAGCCAGUGUCGAAACUGGCAGGAUAGCUCCGUGAGUUAUGCAGCAGGAGCACUGAUGGUCCACUGAACCUCUGACUGCUCAGGGAUGACACCUGCACACGCAAUGGGGUCCCAGCCUUGCCCUGACAAAGUUCCUGGUCUUUGGGUAUACUGAAACCUCAAACUAAUAGAACUCUUCUUUUUUCUAGUAGGUGUAGUCCUUCCUUAGUUACAACUCAUUUUAAAAUGCUUUCUUGUUUAGGACAAGGGAAGGAAGGCUGGUCUCAAAAUGUUGUGACUUCUAAAAACCAGUGGCUAUAAAGGUAUGGUGCCAGACAGUCCUUGCAGAUACAACAUGUAAAGCAUUUACCACAUCCCAGAUUUGCACUCUGCAGACCUGUGCACAUUUACUCUGCUUUCAGGAUAGUUUUGCAAGUUGUAAACAGAAAAGGGUGGAAGCUUUUUAAUAAAGAUGCAUUUAUAAAAGAACCUGUAUUAGAAUAUAAUAAAACUCCAGUGUAGUCAGUUACUACCCGUGUUGUACAACAAAUAUCUUCUAUUUUAGUUGCUAAUAAAGGGCUGCACAAACCAAAA